GUCAGAAUUCAGAUGAGCGGGGAGCUUUUUUUUCUGAAAGUUUGAUGCUGUGCCUUGCAUAAGUAAGUAAGUGAUAGCCUGUUAAGAUGCACAGACAUGUUAGUGCUGUGUAAAAUUCAACGUAAAUAAUCCGCAACAGCGACCGCAGUCCCCUCAAGAUUCCCUUUUAGUCAUCCUUGCCCGUAUUGGAAUUUUCUGUUACGUAUUAAAUAAGUAUUUAUACGUAGCAACAUUUAAUCGGAGGAGCCAGCGUUUUCUUUGUUCUCUAGACUUCUGCAGAGCCCUUUGUGCUGCACAAUAAAGGCAAACAAACUGAGUUCGUAAACAUUUUUUCUUCCAUUUAUCAUUUUCUUCUCUGAGCUAUUCAAGUUUUUCUGGUGUAAUUUUCAGUUGGUUGCACAACUAGAAAAAACAAAAAGCCACAGCUCCAAUAAAUAAGUACUCAUUUCUCUUUUAAAUCUACUUCUAUAAUGGGGGACAAUCUCGACUGGCCGGGCCUCCUUGCCUGGUCCACGAAGUACCACGAUGGCACUGCGCCGUCCAAGUUUGGCCUGAUGAGCGACGAAGACAAGGCGUUUCUGCAGAAGGCCAUGGAGGACGCUUUCAGUCGGAUUGAGGAUAUGAAUCAGGUGUUGAACGACGGACUGAGAAAACUCGAGUCAGCAACGGACUUCCAGGUAUUUCACUUCUAUGUAUCAGAGCUUUUUUACAAGUUUCUUUCACGACACUGACACCAGAGCUCGCCGUGCGUCCGUCUCGGCAUGAAUGUUUUGUUGAAGGAAGUUGUACUUAUAUCUAGUGAGGUCACGAUACUCAUAGUUGAAAGAUUGUUGCACAAAACACAACGAAGAUUGUUGAACAAAACAGACUCUCGUAACCGCGUUGGAGAUCAUCGAGCGGUGCGUCGAUGAUCCAGACUGCGCUCGGAAUCUGGAGAAGCUGAAUGGGAUCAGUCCGCUGCUGGACAAGGUUUUCCACGACAAUGAAGAAGUCUCCGACCGGUCCUGCAGCAUUCUCAGCAUGAUGCUCGCGAACAACGACAGUCUGCAGUUGACGGCGGUGAAAAAGUACAACGCGCUCACGUUUCUCCUGGCUCAUCCGCAAACGCUUGCCUCCAAAAAGAAGAUCAAGCUGCUGGCGGACAUCGUGCGCGGCGUGGAGGAAAUAGAGGAACUGUUUCUGAGGUCCAGCGGCCCCGCAAGCCCGAUGAAAAAGCGUGCUGUGGGAGCGGCUUGUGGCAGAAAUGAGGUUGAGGAUGCAAAUCAUACUAGUAGUGCAGCUCUUGCAGAGGAUCCAAGUGGAGUGGCGUUUCUGUGCCAGGUCUUCGACCCAGAAUUUUUCCUUGUCGCGGCAGGAUCGACUUCUAAGUGUAAGUCCGACAGCAUUCGGGCCGUGCGCGAGCGCGCAGUCACUUUUCUUCGCCAUUUGCUCGCGGAGAAGCCCGCACAGCGGGUGGCGCACGCGGAGAAGGCACUGCAAGCCGGUCUGGUGCACGCGUACGAGGAGCUAGAUCAGGUUGAACAAAUAAGCGAGCCUAGUGCAGCGCUGGCAGCUACCGGACAACAAGUUUCCCUGCAAUACACGGAGAACCUGGCGCAACUCACCCAUAUUGCCGUCAAGGAGAGCGCCGUGGUCAAAGCAGGGGUGCAAGGGCUUCUGAAACAACGACUGGAAAAUUUGCUGCGCUCCGGACCCGCGGUAGUUGCCGACUACGGCAUUGAGAUUGAGGAUCUGAAGCAAAUCUUAGCGACGCAACCUGCAAGAAUGUAACAAAAGGAAAGCUAGUAUAAUAGUGAUAGGUACUUCUACCUUGAAACUUCAAGAAUUUUGCAAAAACGAAUUUUUCUGUUACAUCACAUGAAAAAAAACUUUCCGUACAUAAUAAUAAUAAUGAACACACGACUGAUUCUUGCCUUUGCUUCUACCGAGCUAAAGGGGAGGGUAUGAGGCAGAAAAGAAGUGAAGUGAUGCUGAUAUCUUUGGGCCGCUGGGCACACCUGUGACUGUAUUCACUACACUGUACCACACUGCUCCUGCUCAGGUGCAAGGAAGGAAUCCACAGACUGCUGAAGUACUGCUGCGGCUCUUCGCUAUUCCCUGCUAGAAAAUGACCUACUACCAAAAGAAGUACCCUCACACGACGACCCCGCCGCGCGAUUACUUCACUAGAAGUGAAAUAUUAAGAUACGAGUAUACAAACUUAU